AUUUCAAGUGUUGAGAAGCAGGGGUGCAAAUAUGUGACUGUGUAUCAGGCAGUCUGUGCAGCGUGGCCUUACACACAUGUGUAAUGCUUCCUCUUCCUGCAUUGAACUGUGUACGUGACCUUGUGCGGUGAAAAAGGACACCAGUGUGGCUCGCAGACAAGACUGUGUAGCAAAUAGCAGGCCAGGCAUGCAGGCUCUCUGCUGCAGCGGAAAGCAAGGCUUGUUGUUUAGUUGUGCGUUCCUUGCCUCAUGUUCGUUGCUCUCUUGAGCUCUCUCAUUUCUGCAAUCCGUGUGUAGUGCUUCUCCAUUCACACGCUAUAGCUGGAAAGGUAUUGCUGGAUAGUCCUUUGCCAUUUGCAGACAUUGUGUGCUCUAUUCCUUCAAUGAACAGAUAUUUCUUCAUUCGUCUGACCUGGCAACAGAAUCAUUUAACAGUAAAAGGGAAAGGAGUCCAUGAUUACAUGUGGAUUAGCAUAUUUGUUGUGUGCUUUUGAUUGUGGUUGGAGGUAAUCUUGAGGAAACCGAUCGGGGUAAUGGAAGAACAGCAUGGUUAAUGGUUGCAACAUACAGCGAUGUUCAGUCAUGCUUAUGAUAGUUUUGUGAAUUCUCUUCUAAAGGGAGAAAACGUUGGGAUUACAAGACGUACUAACAGGGCUCCAGCUGUUACUACCCAAGCUACCACUACAACCCACACCCGGACAGUGCAGAGAAGCCACAGUCCAAGUCAUGCCCCUUCUGGACCCCAGACUACAGUUAUCAGUAACAACAGCAGUAGCAGUAGCGGAGGUAACGGUGGAAGCAGUAACAGUAAGAAGAAAAGGAAAGAAAAUAAAGAUGUCACCCAAGUCUCCACCCCGCCCGUUGUCCCUCAAGAACAACCAGAGAAAGCUGACAAGACUUUAGAAAAACCUGGCAAGGAGAAAACCUUAGGAACCUGUGCCAGUGCACACAAGAGCAAGAAGGAGAGGAAGAGAAAAUCGGAUGAACCAGUUGAAGAGGAGAAGAAGCCGCCAUCUUGUACACCUGAGAAGCGACCAAGGUCAAAUUCUGGGAAUUCUGAAACAUCGCAAGAACGCGUUGAGUUGAGCAAAGGUGAAACUCUUGAAUCCGUUAUUCCUGGUAGUGAAACAAAUAAAAGUGAACCUGUAUCAAAACCUGAUAAAGUGUGGCAAUCGAACACUACUCCUGUGCAAGUGGAAUCUAAACUGAGAGAGGAUAUUAAUGUGGUCUGUAAUUCCAGUAAAACCAAGAAUAAGGCAGUGAAUAAACAGGAACAAGCCAUUAGCAGUGAUACCAAGGAUUCACGUUCCUCUACUCCGGACUCGGUCAAGAAACAUAAGUCAAAAUCAAAGAAGGAGCACAGACUCAAACAAAUAGAACCCAUAGAGGAUACUCCACCAGUAAUACCUGCUGUUGAUCAAAGCAGAGUGACUGCAUCUACUAAUGUGACAACCAGUGUCUCCAAACAGAUGGUCGAGUCCAAAACUGAAGCAACUGGGCCUGGUGGUUUGAGGCCACCUAUUCCUGAAAAGGAAGCAAACAGGAAGAACUUAAGAGAGUUUCCGUCAAAUGUUCUGAGAGAACAAUCACUCACAUCGGCCAUUGCUGGAAUCAUUGCUCGGGAACUGAAUAGAGACUCUUCAGAUGUUUCCUCAGGUGUUGGUAAGAAACCAGAACCUAAUUCAGUCACAUCAGGUAUUUCCACAUCGGAAAUACAACCAUCAAGUGUAUGUCAGCAAAUAACAAACAAUAGUAGUAUUACAAAAUCUAGCAUUAGUGAUAGAUCAGUGAAAAGUGGACCAAUAACCACAGCGUUAUAUACAAGUAGUAGCCAGCAGAGUGUGUUACCAAAUAGGACGAUAGCUUCAUCAAACUCUGUACCUGUGAUAUCACAUGGCAAUGGCGGAUUGACAGGACUACCAGGCAUGGAUAGAAACUCCUCUGGAAUUACAAGUGAAAAUACCAAGUUAUCAAACUCUACAAAUCUUUCAUCCAAACCUUUUGCUCCACACCCAGUGCUUGGUGAAAGAAUUGCAAGACCUGAAGCAAGAGAUCCAAGAAGAGAAACAAGUAGUUCAACAAGUGAAAAGAGUGAAGGUGGGAAGUCUUCUUCCACAGAUAGGAGCAGAGACUCUGAUCAGUCCAGGACAGACAAAAAGACAAAUCUGGUCACUGACCUAAAGACUCCAGUACAGGUUUAUCGGGAUCCGAAUUUGUCAGACUCGGAAGUGAUUCAUGUGGAUUCAAUUCAGCAUCAUCCAGCUCACUUGAUGAAGAUAGGGGAUCAGGCACAGCAUACCCCUUCCCCGGGACAACACCCUAUCACUCCAUCCCCACACGCACUCAGGAAUCCCAGUGCCACAGCAGCCCCUCCCAAUCCCAGCGCCAUUGUUGCCUCGCCGAGUGCCUUCGUGGCUGCACCCUCAGUCGGUCACAUUCCAGCCCACCAUCCCAUCCAACACCACGGUCACGCCAUGUUUCCUGCGCACCUCCAACUCUAUCAGCAGCAUCCGUUGGCCUCGCAGCUGGUCGUACCGGGACACUUCCCGCAACACCAUCUCGCAGGUCUGGAUCGGCAUUCGCUGCAACAGCUUCAUACCCAGGGCCUCGUUGGGCUAGUCCAGCCUGAUCCUAUGACCAGAAUUCGAUUGGGAGGUAUACAUGGGAUUGUGUCUCCACAACAUGCUGCUACUGCUCUUCAGGGGAGCAUGCACACUGGCUUGACACAAGCUCAGUUGCAGGCCAUACACCAACAGCAUCCUGGCUUACCACUGCCACCAAGUUGGGUUAUACAGCAGGAAGAGCUGGAAAGGGCUCAUCUACAACAGCAGAAAACCCAGGCUGCUGCCGCAGCUGCAGCUGAAAAGGGUUCCUCUGCCUUACCCCACCACCCAUCAGCCCCAACCAGCCAGGUACGGAUCGACCCUACCCCUUCAGCUGCUUCCAGCGUGGACAAGAAACCCCAUCCUGCCCAUCUCCCUGCAGGCUCUCACCCUCAGCAUCACACACACCCCCAGCUGAUGUCUGUCAGCCAGGCUGCCCAGGGUGGUGCCCAGGGUCUUGUAGGACAUGAAGCAGCAGCCGCAGUAGCUGCUCACCAUGCUAGACAUCAGUAUCAGGAACUGGAUGCACAGGCGGCUGUCCAGCAACACUUCCAGGAGUCCCUGCGGAAGCUGCAGGUGCCCUUCUCUUUCUCUGCACCUACAACAGGUGGCAGUAUCACAGAAGGUACAGCUCUUCCUAAGAACAAAGGACAACUUCCCAAAGAGGCCAUGGACAGACAGCACAAAGAGAGGCAAGAGCAUGAAGAAAGAUUAAGGAGGGAAAGGGAAGAGAAAGAACUUGAAUGGCAAAGAAUACAGAGAGAUAAGGAGCGCAAGCACCAAGACUCUGAUCCCAGACUAAGAUUUCCUGGUAUGGAGAGUGAGAGCGUGUACAAACAUCCUGUCUCAGAGGGCAAACAUCCCUACGAUGAUCCACUUUACAGGCAAUCAUUAGCGCAUGCUGGACUUGUGCGAUAUCAGGAAGAACUGGCAAAGUACCCAAUGGAUCUCAAACACGAGCCCAAAAUUAAACUUGAAAGAACAGAAUUGAAUGCAAGGACUCACGAUGGGCCAGGUUUCAAGGCAUAUCAGUCUUCAGUCAGAUCGGAUGCACACACAACAUACUACAAUACCUUGUCUAUGAAAUCGGAAGAACCCAGAGCAGGUGUGCCAGUGAGGACUGAACAGAAUAGGCAGAUGGCAACGGCAUCUGCUUACAAGCCUAAACCUGAUAAUUUAGUGGGAUAUCAGCCAUUCCUGCACACCAUCACUAGUCAUGGCGGGGAGAAAGGGGAAACGUUUAGCAAGCAUAGCGACGAGUACAAAAUGGCUGCUAAUGCUGCUGCUAUGCAGGGAGCGAGGCGAGCAAUCCCAACCCCACCACCUCUUAUUAAGAGAGAACCAGACAGGUCUGAAAUAGCAUUGCAUUCUAGUGUGAUUCAAGCAUCCAGGUGUGAGCGAAGACCAGAGACUAUGCACCAUGCUGGAGCAGUGUUUACCGCCUCCAGUUCCAGUCAUGAUAUCCAUUUCACACAGGCAAGCAAGCAUCUUGCGUUGUCAGAUGUAAGAACAAACAAUGAGGUAUCACAUUCGGUACCGGUCAUCAAGCAUACAAUAGGCACUCCGCCUCCCUUGCAUAGCUCGGCAGGCCAGACCACUGCGAGUCAGUUGGUAAGACAGUCUCAUAUACCCCCUCAGUCCCCUCUCAAAGUGGCAACUCCACAGCAGCUUUCAGCGGCUGUUCUUCAACUUGGCUCUCAUUCUGUCAGCAGUACUACCACAACAACCAUGGGGGUGUAUCCCCAUCAUGUCUACUCCACUGCCCAAACAACUACAGCAACGAGCUCUAACUCACUCCUCAUGUCAGCUCUUCGUCCUCAAGACAUGACGAGAGUGAGUGAAGCCAUGGAGGUUGAUCAAGGUACUAUGAAGCGAAAGCCCAGUCAGGCAGCGGCUGCCAUGUUCCACAAAAAGAGACCAAAAACAAAGGAGGAUAUGCACAGUGAUAGUGGGAACUUGGACAAAAAGGAGUCUACUGGUAUGUCCUACAUCGAGCAAUACCAUAAUUUUGUGAUGGAACCCAAUGCUCAUAAUAGUACGUCUGUUGGAAAUGCUACGGUUUGUAAAGCGACUGAAAACAUUGAGCUGAAAAUUGAAAAAGUUGAUCAGUACAAGCGAUUGAGCCUAGACUCCUCAGCGCCAGCGUCUCUAUUGUCGGGUGAGACACAUAGAACGCCAAAUGGGACGUGUUCGGAUGGUGAAAGCAACCGGUGUAUUUCACCGCGUAGUACUGCCAGUGAUUCUUCAGAGGGGCGUAGCUUGAAGUCGGCAUCACCGCACCGUGCAGGAGGACAUAUGUAUCUCAAGAAGGCCUGGCUGGCCAGACACUCUGAGAGCAAGACACCGUUUGGUAUGCCUUCUGCAGGUGCAUCAUCCACAAACAACCUUGAUCCUAAACAAGAGCCUGGUCUUUCAUCCAAGCUCUCAAAUUCUCUUCCUAAUGGACAUCUCAUGGGUGGUACCUUUGCACAGGUGGCGCAGAGCAUGGACGCUGACAAAUCAGUCACCAUUGAUGACAUUCCAAAAAGCAUUCCGAACCACAUCUAUGACUUUGAUCAGGACAAAUCCUCCACCUGCUCGGAAGCAUCCACGGUAUCCAGCCACAAGUCGCGAUCGCGAAAAAGUGGGAAGGACAGGACUAAGAAAAAGGAUCGUAAGCGUCAUGGUUCCCCCGCUGAAUCCAAGAAACAUGGGAAAGAUAAAGGAGAUAAGAGCGAGGAAAAGAUUGGUGACUGUGAAAAACCAAAGUCGGAAUAUGUGCUGGGACUGGAAGCCUGUAGGAUUAUGUCAAACAACAUGGAAAGCAAAAGUACUCAACAGAUCACAGAACUGCUAAAUCUGAUAGCACAAUCCCCAAAGAAAAGGAAGCUUACAAGAUCCAGCAAAGAUAGUAAAGACGGUCAACUGAAUAGACAGGUUACCAAGCCUGCUGUGACCAAGCCUACUGUGACCAAACUCAAGAAGUCUGGAGAGGCCUUUCUUCAAGAUGGCUACUGCUCCGACAUCACUCCAAACCUCAUGAAAUGCAGAGAAUGUCGGAUCAAACCUUCAUCCAAGCAAUCUAAACUCAAUAACAUUUUCUGCAGAUUCUAUGCCUUCCGAAGACUGAAAUACAGUACCAAAGGUAACCUAACCUUAGCCGGGUUCUCUGAGCCUGAACAGUGUGACUCAGAAGACCUUAGCCCCUGGUUACCUUACCCUCCGGACUCCGAGAGCAAGCUGGAUCUAGAGACGUGUCUUUAUAUCUUAUCGAGGGUCGGACCUCAGUUCUGUCAGCUGGUGCAGCAGGAGCAGCAGGCUAAGACUUGGUGUCCAACCCCAGACAAAAUAGCAUGGAAGAGGGCCGUGAUCGGUGUUCGUGAGAUGUGCGAUACCUGUGACACUACUCUCUUCAAUAUCCAUUGGACAUGCUCUAAAUGUGGCUUUGUGGUCUGCCUCGAUUGCUACCACUCAAAGAGCAAUGAGGAAAAGAACGAUGAAAACACUCCAGAGAAUGGACCCAAGUGGUUGAAGUGUAUCAAAGAUCAAGUUCAUCAACCCGAUAGUCUCAUGCUAACUCAGAUGAUCCCUGGAAAUGCUCUGUGGGAUGUGGGAGAGCUGAUGCAUCAGGUCUGCACCAAAUGGAGGAUACCAUCUGCUUGUCCUUGUCUUGGAGAUGGUAAACCAGCCGUCAACGGCAUGUCACCGACAAGAGGCCAGAUUGUUUCAGAGUGGAAGAGGGAUGACCUUCUAUCAUCUACCGCCCUCAGUGGUCAUCUUUCAAACUCUCGUUCGAAUAGAAUGCCCAAGCUGACAUCUCUUCCACAGUCGGCCUCACCACUGGCCUUCCUAGCUGAUAUUGCUACGUCUCAGGAUGGCAAACGUGGUGUGGAUGGCCUCAACUCUAAAUCAGUUGACAAAGCGUGUUCUGUUGACGUUGAUGCAAAGGGUGAACCUUGUUCCACGCUCAGAGACUUACUCACCAAGACAGCCGGGAAGCUAUGCAAACCAUCACCUAACGAUGGAAACCUUCUCACGCAGUUACUGCCCAAAGUCGAUUGCAUCUCCAAGAAGACGUCCCGCACGAUGACAAGCACAUUUGAAGACAUCAUCGCCACGGUCGUUGAGCAGAAUAUCUCCGCUCCUGGGAAGGAUCGAAGCGGUGUCAAGACUCCUCGACUGUCCACAUCGUCUGUCACGGACAUGACAACGUCACCAAGCAACAGCAGCAAAGUGGAGAGGAAAGGAAAGACUGCAGGGAAUAGGAACACUCUUGUUGAAUCUAGUGUAACAUUUCCUGAUGUACCUCAUUCAUGGUUAUGUGAUGGGAGGCUGCUAAGAUUACAUGAUCCUUCUCAUGCUGGUAAUCUACGUAUCUUUCAAGAACAAUGGAGGAAAGGAGAGCCAAUCUUGGUUAGCAAUGUUCACAAGCAGCUUGAUGAUAACCUAUGGCAUCCAACCUUCUUCAACAAACACUUUGGUCACCUUGAGAAUGACCUUGUAGACUGUCGAUCAGGGGACGUUAUAACAGGUGCCCCUAUGAGAGACUUCUGGAAUGGUUUUGAGGAUAUCUCAAAUCGUUUGGAGACGAAGCAAGGGUUACCCAUCAUCCUGAAACUGAAGGAUUGGCCACCAGCGCAAGACUUCAGCGAGCUUCUACCUCGACACUUUCAGGAUCUGAUGAAUAACCUACCCUUGCCUGACUACACCCGUAGGGAUGGUAGGUUCAAUCUAUCGUCUAGACUGCCAGACUUCUUCGUCAAACCCGACCUUGGACCAAAGAUGUACAAUGCCUAUGGCCUUGCCCGCUAUUCAUCAUGCGGCACUACCAACCUUCAUCUAGACAUCUCUGAUGCUGUCAAUGUGAUGGUAUAUGUAGGCAAGCCACAUAGCGUAGACGGACAAGAAACAUGUGAUUCAUAUGAAAAAGAAGCAAUCGAGGCUGUGAAUCACAUGUGUAUGGAUGAGCAGACCAAACAGAGAGUCAGAGAGAAGGAGGAAAGACCAGGAGCCAUCUGGCAUCUCUUCAGGGCUGCUGAUACUAACAAGAUUAGACAGUUUCUUUGCAAGCUGUCUGAAGAGAAGGGCGAGGAUGUGCCCACCGACCACGACCCCAUCCAUGACCAGAGCUGGUAUCUGGACAACGAGCUGCUGGAUCGUCUCUAUAAGGAGUACGGGGUACAGGGAUGGGCUAUCGCUCAGUGCUGGGGUGAUGCUAUAUUCAUUCCUGCCGGCGCUCCACAUCAGGUGAGGAAUGUCCACUCGUCCAUCAAGGUUGCAGAGGACUUUGUCUCUCCAGAGCACAUCAGUGAAUGUUUCUGGUUGACUCAGGAGUUCCGUCAGCUCAGUGCUACCCACUCCAACCAUGAAGACAAACUGCAAGUAAAGAACAUCAUCUACCAUGCCAUUAAGGACACCAUUGGGCUGCUGGUGACCAAGACACCGCCCGGGGAGUUGACCGACCCCUUUGGAGCUGGUAAGGUGUUUGAAGCACUGCAGCAACAGCAACACCAACAGCAACUUCUGCUGCAGCAGCCACAGCCCACUGCAACAUCACAACAUCAUCAGCAGCCACAACACCAACAACAGCUGGUCCCCCAGCAACUGGUUGCGAAAUCACCGCAGUCUAAGCCCUCUCCUGCGUCAACGCCACCGGUCACAAGCAACAACACCUGCAGUAGCUCGUGACAAUUAGCCAAGGAAAAACGGGCGUUUCAACUGGAGAGGAUCGGGUGUCAAGUAAACUAGAUGUUUGUCAUUGUUCAACCUGACGAGCUGCAAUGUGUAAUAGUCUAGGAAACCCCAAAGAACCAAUAUAUUCUAUUUAGGUAGAGGUAGAAAUGUCUGUCAAAAACCAACAAACUCACAGGGGACUGGAGCGAGAAGCAGUGGGGUACAGAUUUUGCCAUGAGGUAUGUAAAGUGCCAGGAACCUGUUGAUUUACUGAAAGUAGAUCCCUUCUUGGGUUUUGAUUCUUCCAAAAUGAGUAUGCCAAUUAGAUAUUCAAAAUAAGGGAUGUCAUAAUGGAUAUUGCUUACUACUCAGAGCAAAUCUUUUGAAAAUAAAAUACACUUGUAAAUGAAAUGAGAAAGACAUUUUGUGGUUGGCUUGAUGAUCGUUAAUCAAGUUAGUUUGUCUCUUUUUUUUUGUCUCUUCCACUGUAUACAUGUACUUGAAGCAAAGUAUAUAGAAGACUCAGUGAUGUACAUGUUAAUUGUCCAAAUACCUCAGCAAUCGUGGAGAUAAGGUGCUCUAAUUCUAUAGCAAAUUUAAUUUAGACAUGGAGCAAGAAAUGAAGAUUAUAUUAGAGCUAUAUUGAAUGACCUCUAUUGGAAUAUGAAGAGAGAGAUGGAUUGGAAGAUUUUGAAAAGGAUGGAGGAAAUGAAUUUCAAGUAUUUUAUUUCUAACUUUCGAUGAAUUCGUAAAUGGGUGAGAUAUAUUUAUGCGUUUUCCAAUGGAAUUUUGAAAUUGAUUUUAUAUGACGACGAGGUGUCUGUACAAAGUUAGUGAAUGAAAGCAGGAGAGAGCAUCCUGUUUGGUUCAUGUAGUGAAGGCUAGGUGCCCAGAACAGGGUUUGAAAUGCCUCAUUGCUUUGUGUUGGAACAGCAGCAGUGACAAAGGUGUAGAUGUCAAGAAAGACAUAAUCACUUGCAAAUCCAUUGUUUUAGGAGCCAUUUUCGAUUAGUUAAUGUCUUAUUUUGAGAAGGAAAAGGAAACCAAAAUUUAUAAGAUCAUAAUUUUAUUUUUUAUUUUUUACAUUGCGGUAAGAUGUAAUAAAUGAAGAAAUCAACAAAAAGCAAUGGGAAGUGUCUUUUGGCUGUCUAAUAAUAACGAAGGGCGCCAGGAGUUAUCAUACAUACAUGUAUAAGACUGAACUGUGAUAUGCAUGAUUUAAGCUUUCAAUUCGCUAUGUUUAUCAUGUAUUUUAUUACCCUGACUUGGCCAAAAUGUGAAAUGGACAGUUUGAAUGAAAUUAACCAUCAAAUCGAGCAAAUGAUCACUUCUGUUUUUGUAUCAAUGAGUUGCAGAGAAGUGCGAUGCAUUACGGUUAGAAAUGUUGAUAGUACAAGAGUCGUGAUAAGGAUUGGAUAACUAAUUUAUUUAUGUUUUUUCUAUAGUUGGCAGUCCAUUGUGUUGUAUGUAUAGCUAUCAUGUUGGUUGCAUGGCAUGCAGCAUUGUUGAUUUCAUUACAAUUCUUUCAAACAUUCCAUAUGAAUUUUUUUAUUAGUAGUGAUUUUUUUUUCUUCUUGUUUAUAUCAAGAUUUGUAAAAACCUCAGAAAAUCAUUUGACCAAAACUAAAUGUGCCUGAUAAAUAAAUGAAUGAAAUUGGGCGAUUUAUUGUAGAAAUGGGUAUAGGAUGUGACUGGCAUAAGGAAAUAUUGAAAUAUAAAAACUGUGAUCUCGUUGAUCCAUGAUUGAUUUUAGAACAAGAAGGAAUAACUUUAUGUUAAAAUUAUGUCCAUACAAUUAUAUAAGUGUGUGUUCAUGAUAGUUCAGAGGACUUUUUUUUUGCAUUCAUUGAUUAAACUGCCUUUUCCAUUUUAUGUCAAGUACAUUUAGGGUUUUUUCAGCUUAGGCUAGGUCAGCAUCAUGUAGUUGAAAACUUUCCAGAUGUUUGUAGGUUAUGGUUGUACAUGUAUAGUUGAAUCUUGUCCUCAUUUAUGGAAAUUAUGUCAUUUCUGUGAUGAAAUGGAUUCGUGAGAGUGUAGUUUGUACAGCGAUGUAGAGAACAAUAUAUGUAGCACAGAAUCAAAUGUUUGUCACUAUGGCAAAAAUCAUAUGAUCAUUGUAAAUAUGUGAGAGAUAGAUAUAUAGCAUUUAUGUACUUUAUAUCUUAAUUCUUGUCUCGCAGCAAAAUGGAUUUUUCUCUUAGAAAAGCUGUGAUAUCUUUUUUUCUUUUUUUAAACACAAUUACAAAAAUGCACCUUGAUUGUGAUAUUUUCUGUUGAUAAAACCCAUUUAUAUGAAAUUGAUUUUUACAAGAAACAACAAAGAUUGAUUUCUUUGUAGUUGUGUUUGUUGUGUUGGGGAAUAAUAUGUGUGGUAAUGUAUAUACUUAGGGUCAUAGUGAUAUUUUUGUAUGGAUAGGGAUUCCUGUCUCCUUAUCACUCUUUUAUGAGUUUGUAAUCGAGAUCACUUUGAUGACCUUUUUAGUUGACAGAAGACGAUGAAAUGUAUUUCGGUUGGAAAUAGAAUUUAUAGUCAAAAGGAAAUUGUGUUUAUCUGUAAAUUCUUGUGAAUAUGACAUUCUUAUUUUAUGAAAUCAGUUGACUUGUGCAUGGCUUGGCUUGCUAAAAAAAGUGAAGAAAAUGAAGAAAAUCUUGUUAUACAGUUGACUAAAACAAAUAAUACAAAAACAUAAAAAUAA